CCUCCCAGUACUAAUUGUGAUAUGCAACAAUGUCUUGACCCCUUUUCCGUUGGUUGGGUGCCUUCCUGCUUAGAUUCUUUUUUCUUCAAUGACCUGAACAACCACUUUCCUCAGUCUCACUCCUUGCUCUGGGUGCGACACCUUGAGCUUGACGAGCGCCCAGUGUAACAACAAUGCAUCCAGUUCGAGCCGGCAGAUAAUAUACCAUGGAUGAGAUCGAUCUUUCAGAAUGGACCAAGAAUCUUCCACCGAGUCCCCCUUCCCCCGUCGCCGCUUCUCCCAUCGCGGCCAAAGACCUAAAUGCCAAACUAGGGUCUCGCGCCUCCUCCAAACCUGUGGAACGAUCUUCCCCGGCGUCGUCCUCAACUUCCUCGACUGACCUGGGCGAUAUCUACCAUGACGAAAAUCCUCGCCCCUCUGUUCCCAAAGCAAGAUUCAAAAGUCCUCAAAACAUGAUCUCUGACAGCUCGGACCUGGAGGAAGUGCCUGCAUCCCGGCGUGUCACUACCACCAAGCCAAAAAUGCAGAGUUUCUAUAUUGAUCUGCCCCGGCUCUCUGCCAGAGACAAAGAAUGUUAUGACUUCCUACCAGGUCACUUCACAGCUCGCAAGUUCUUGUCUCAACACUCUCCAGAUCGUUACAUUAUCAAAUUGGCCAGCGGCGAAAAGACUAUAGUCUCCUCACAUGGGCUACGCCUCUUAGAGAACGGUGGUCGUAUCCUUGAAGAGAUCCAAGAAAAUUCCCGUUCGUUGUCCAACAAGCGUCAGACUCGACCGCUGCAACAUUCUCAAAUGGUCGACUGGACAACCAUAGAAACCUCCAAUUCCGAGGAUGAUGUGCCUUCCAAAGCAAACGACCUAGGUGAUGAUAGUGAAGUCUAUGUCUCAGACCAAAGUUCAAUCCUGGACGACCAUGAUGGCUCUGAAGACGAUACUCAAACCCAUGGCAGGAGAUCGGCUAGACUACGCAGCAAGCCGAAACCCAAUGCCUACGUACAAGAUCUGGACGACUUGUUAGAUGAUUCAGACCGUCGCCCUAGACGAAGUACGAGAGCCAGAAAUGUCAUCCUGCCCUCGGCAACAUCCCGCCGCUCGAGUCGCCAGCAGCCGCGUCGUCCCCGGCGUCCUGUUCUUUCCUCGUCUCCGGAGCUAGAGAUCGGCACAAGAAGAUCAGAAAGAUCGAGAGCAAAGCCCCGCCAGUCAAUGCGUGAAAGAGACGAAGACGACAUCUCGAGUCAUGAAGAGGAAAAGAUUGGUACAAAGGCUGUCGCAGCAAAGGAACACUUUGCCAAAAUCCCAGAGUCUGACCCUUUUAGAAGGAGGCAUCGACAGGAUUGUGACACUUGUUAUUACAAAGGAGAUGACACAAUCAAAGGCCCCCUGGUCUUUUGUCAGGGCUGCACCAACUCGUACCACAAAGCUUGCCUCGGCCCACGAGGCAGCCGAGACCAUUUGGUCACAAAGGUCGGCCAAGCCCUAUUCGUCCUCCAGUGUCGUCGCUGCAUCGGUCUUUCCCACGAGAGGGACAGAGCCGUGCCUCAUCAAGGCAUCUGCGUAAAGUGCAACCAUUAUGGCGAACUCUCCAAACCUCUCCGGAACCGACUGACAACCAAGCAAGAACAAGCACAACGAGAAGAGAAUGGUGGUCAGGAUCCCAUCACGAUUGUUGACGCCAAUACCAUCAACAACCCUGCGAAUGUUCUCUUCCGUUGCUCCCAAUGUGUCCGGGUCUGGCACAUGCAUCAUUUGCCCGAGCGCAAGACGGCUCAGACAGUUGUGGAUGAUGAUGAGGACGAGGAGGAUGAGGCCUUUGAUGAUUUCCAUCUUGGUCAGAAACGCUUUGACUAUUAUCAUCGGUCUUGGAAAUGUAAAGACUGCAUUGAGAAUCAACAUCAGAUCGACACCCUAGUAGCAUGGCGACCCGUCAAUAUCGAUGCCUACGUUCCUGGCACCACGGUCGAUCGGAUGCAGGAGAAUGAGAAAGAGUAUCUGGUCAAGUGGCGAGCCCAGUCCUAUUUUCGCACCACUUGGAUGCCUGGUCUUUGGGUCUGGGGCAUAGUAGCCGCCGGCACGCGUGCAUCCUUCGCCAAAAAGCCAGAGAACCAACUCCCGAAGAUGACGACGGCUGAUGCGAUUCCGGAGGACUUCUUUCGCGUUGACGCCGUUCUAGACGUGAGGUACUCAAGUGUCGUUCGCAACAGUACUAAGGAAAUUGACCUUGCCAGAGCCAAGGAAGUUGAUAUGGCCUUUGUCAAAUUUCGCGCCCUUGGCUACGAAGAUGCUAUUUGGGAGAAGCCUCCGUCCUACGCUGAUUCAGACCGCUGGAACGAUUUCCAGACAGCAUACGAAGACUAUGUGCGCAAGCUACACCUGUCUAUCCCGCCGAGAACGUCGUUGCAGCGUCACCUCGCACACAUUCGAACCCUGGACUUCAGCGCACUCCACCGAAAACAACAACCUCCGAAUCUCACCGGUGGAGAAAUGAUGGCAUAUCAGCUUGAGGGUCUAAAUUGGCUGACUUAUCAAUGGUUCAAGAGCCAGAAUGCCAUCUUGGCCGACGAGAUGGGCUUGGGCAAGACCAUCCAGCUUGUUGCCUUCUUCGCAACUCUUGUUCAGGACCAUAAAUGCUGGCCAUUCCUCGUUGUUGUACCAAACUCGACCUGUCCCAAUUGGCGUAGGGAGAUACAGAAAUGGGCCCCUACACUCCGAGCCGUCGCUUAUUACGGAAGCUCUGCAGAGAGGAGAAUUGUCCAUGACUACGAGCUUUUCCCCAAGAACAAGAACAAGGAAGACGAAAAGCACCACGAACCAAAGAAGAGAUCUCAAGAAGUCAAAGACAUCAAAGCUCACAUCGUCAUCACCUCGUAUGAAUCCAUCAUUGAGGAGAAGACUCGGAACAGCUUGAUGAAAGUGCCAUGGCAGGGCCUCGUCGUAGACGAGGGGCAGCGAUUAAAAAGUGAUCGCACCCAGAUCUAUGAAAUCCUCUCAAAGUUUCGCUUUCCCUUCAAAGUUCUCUUGACCGGAACGCCCCUUCAAAACAACGCCCGAGAGCUCUUCAACCUCCUCCAAUUCCUGGACAAAAGUCUCAGUGCUGCUGAAUUGGAAGUCAAGUACGCCAAUCUGACUCCCGAGAGUGUUGGCGAACUUCACGAGACACUGAGAAGGUUUUUUCUUCGGCGGACAAAAGCGCAGGUUUUGACCUUUUUACCUCCGAUGGCACAAAUAAUCGUGCCAGUUACGAUGUCAACGGUGCAAAAGAAAGUCUACAAGUCCAUUCUGGCAAAGAACCCACAGCUCAUGAAGUCGAUCUUCUCUCGUGAUCCUAAUCUGGGAGUCAAAGAUCGUCAAAACCUGAACAACAUUUUGAUGCACCUCAGAAAGGUCCUGUGCCAUCCGUUCGUGUACAGCCGUGAGAUCGAAGAAAGGACUGUGGAAGCCGACGUGUCCGACCGCAACCUGAUCGAGGCGUCCUCGAAGUUACAAUUGUUGUCUCUGAUGCUUCCCAAACUGCAAGAGCGUGGCCAUCGUGUGCUGAUGUUCAGCCAAUUUCUCGACAAUCUGGACGUCAUGGAGGACUUUCUUGACGGGCUAGGAUUCCAACAUCGCCGUGUCGAUGGGACAAUCACUUCCAUGGAGAAGCAAAAGAGAAUAGAUGAGUUUAAUGCUCCCGAUUCGCCUUUUUUUGCGUUCCUACUUUCUACACGAGCGGGAGGAGUGGGCAUCAAUCUUGCCACUGCAGAUACUGUCAUUAUUUUGGACCCUGAUUUCAAUCCACAUCAGGACAUUCAGGCACUUUCUCGAGCCCACCGCAUUGGCCAGAAGGAAAAGGUGCUGGUCUUCCAGUUGAUGACCAGGGACAGUGUGGAGGAGAAAAUCAUGCAGAUUGGGAGAAAGAAAAUGGCGCUCGAUCACGUCUUGAUUGAGAGGAUGGAUCGCGAGGACGAUGCUGGCUCCGACCUAGAGACGAUUCUCCGCCACGGUGCACAGGAAUUGUUCGAAGAUGAUCCGAACGUAGCCGAUAUUGUUUAUGACUCUGGAUCCGUGGACCGACUGCUAGAUCGAUCACAAAUCGAAGACACCAAAAUCAGCGAUGACAAGUCGGCGGAGUCGCAGUUCAGUUUCGCUCGAAUCUGGGCCAAUGAGAAGGACUCCCUUGAAGAAGACCUCGAGGUCAAGAGUGACACAAACACGCCACGUCCUGGCAUUUGGGAUAAGAUCUUAUCGGAGAGGGAAAAGAUAUUCCGAGAGGAAGAGGCUAGGAAGGCACAGGCUUACGGCAGAGGCAAACGGAAACGUGAGAACGUCGAUUACGGAGUCGAUGAUGGAGACAACGUCGAGACCAAACGCCGAGGCAAAGGCGGAAGAAUUGACGGAGAAUACAAUGACGACAAUGAAGCAGAAUCGCCUGACGACGAGAUCAUCAGUGGUGAGGAUACAGACGUGAUGGAGCGGAAACGCCCAAGGGUGACAGCACGUCCGUUUAAACGCGUGAGAGUUCCCCUUGGACAAGCCCCGAUGUUCAAUGGCGACGUCAACUUUGACUUUGGACCGAUGGAUCAAAUGCCACCAAUGCAUGCAUGCUCAGCGUGCGACGAGGUGCAUGCGAUGGGAUGGUGUCGACUGAAAGUGGCUGGAGUAGAGCACUGCGGGCUUUGCGGACUGGCACAUCUCGGGCAUGGGAGAACGUGUCCACAACUGACUCAGGAAAGUCACGUCAAGAUGCUGCUGCAGACGCUGAAGGAGAGCACGGAGAGCAAAGAAUUGAUUGACCAGGCGACCAAAUACCUGAGGAUGAUCAAGGGAGACCUCAUUCAACGAAGGCGGGCUCAGGAAAGGAAGGAGCUCGAGGCGCAAGCCCAACGAAUGGAGACGGAAAAGCCGAUGAAUCCAAGAUCUGAACAGCAGAUAGCUGCCACAUAAGAGGCUUGGUGCAUGAAUAUUGUAUUGGUUGCGGUUGCAAGCCCGCAAGGAAUGAAAGGUUGAUGGUUCAACCGAAUUAUAACAAAGUCUAGCGACGAGAUAUCAGCGAAGUACGGCGCAUAGGUAGGUAAUCAUGACCAGAAUUGUCAUCAGCGGGGACUUCUUAUUUGCUAAGCUGCUAAGUCUUCUGCCCUAGCC